AACCACACCCACCGACCCAAGAUCAAACGCGGACCAAACAACACACCAGGAACCUACUACGGUCGUGUGUCCAGUUGUUGUGCGCCCUUUAUAGUGUGUAGGGAUAACUGAAAGGUCAGUUUAGUAGCCGGACAAAGUACUUCGGGAUGGGUCUUCUCGCGUCAGCCGUGACCAGCGUCAGGAACACCGUGCCAUUCCUCAGACCACUCAGGGAGCUGAUUAUAGGGUUUGCCAUCACUGGCUGGCUCAUCUCCAAGAUACCCAUUUCAGAAGAGGCAAAGGCAAAAUCACUCAGUGACAGUCGCCACAGAGGAGAGGCCCAGGAUAAGAGUGGACCUCAGUUGAAGAGCCUGCUAUGCCGACGACUGAGUAUAGCAGAAGAACAUGUCGAGACAGCCUGUGUACCAGACAAUGUGCAGGAUAUACAGGAGAUAUUGAAGAAAUGGAGCGACGACCUGAAACUGGGUCUUAUUCUUACCUCUGGUGGUACUGGAUUUGCCAGCAGGGAUGUCACUCCAGAGGCAACUCGUGAAGUACUGACCAAGGAGGCUCCAGGUCUGGCGAUAGCAAUGAUCACAGGGUCACUGGCAAUUACACCACUUGCAAUGCUCUCAAGACUGGUGUGUGGAAUCAGGCACUCAAGUCUCAUAAUCAACCUGCCAGGCAGCACUAAAGGUUCAAAGGAAUGUUUCGAAUUUGUUUUGCCUGCACUGCCACAUGCUCUAGAGCUAUUGUCCGGGAGCCCCCAGGUCUCACUCACCCACAGUCAGAUGCAGGAGAACAGCAGGGGAAACAUUAGCGGGGGACCUCACGUAUGUCCUCACGGGCACCAUCACCAUCAGGCUACCACUAACCAGGACACCUCUCCAAAGAAGAGAACAAAGGCAGAUUUCUACGGGAGUGUUGCGUCUCGUCCGCGGACCUCUCCCUACCCCCUGGUACCAGUGACCCAGGCCCUGGAGACGGUCUUGCAGCAGGCCCCUCUCCUUCCUCCCACCUCCCUCUCCAGCCUCACUGAGGCCCUGGGAGCCGUAAUAGCUGAGGAUGUGGUCGCCCACGAGCCCCACCCACCCUUCCCUGCCUCUGUGAAAGAUGGAUACGCUGUCAUAGCUGCUGACGGGCCAGGUGAGAGAACAGUUCUGGGUCCAGUGACCGCUGGAGAGAAGCCGAGUGUGGAGGUGUCGUCGGGCGGGGUGUGUCGUAUAACGACAGGAGCGCCCCUCCCUCCCGGAGCUGACGCGGUGGUCCAGGUGGAAGACACGGAACUCCUGGAGACAAGUGAAGAUGGGACUGAAGAGAAGAGAGUAAGGAUUCUGUCUACAGUGAAGCCAGGGCAUGACGUGAGGCCAGUUGGGUCUGAUAUAGGGAGUGGCGAGAAGGUGUUGGCAGCCGGAGACAGACUUGGUCCAGCUGAACUCGGAAUACUGGCCGCUGUCGGCAUCACUACAGUGAAGGCCCACCGGAGACCAAGAGUGGGUGUCCUGUCGACAGGGAAUGAGGUGGUGGAGCCCGGCCGGCCUCGCGUACCCGGCCAGAUCUACGACAGCAACAGAACCACUCUCAUGGGGGCCACCAGGGAACAAGGAAUCCCGCCCCUCGAUCUCGGCAUUGCCUCUGAUGAUCGUGAGUCUUUGGUGAGUUGUCUUGAGAAGGCCCUUGAUGAAGUUGAUGUUCUCAUCACGUCUGGCGGAGUGUCAAUGGGAGAGAAAGACCUGCUGAAGCCAGUGUUGGAGGAACAUUUUAAUGCCACCAUACAUUUUGGAAGAGUCCUCAUGAAGCCAGGGAAACCAACAACCUUUGCUACCGUCAACAGAGGUGGAAACACAAACCUAGUGUUUGCUCUUCCAGGUAACCCAGUGUCUUCAGUGGUAAGCUUCUACCUGUUUGUGGUGCCAGCUCUGAGGAAGAUGGCUGGCUGGAGACACCGCCCACCUCUCACCCAUCUGUGUCCAGGU